CCUUAUUCUGGAGCUCAACACUUGCAGCCGCUGACAUAGUCGGCCUCAGUGACGACCCCUGCAUAGAUGGACGUCUCCUCUGGAGAUGGCCUUGGCUCGCUUGGGUGACUGAUACACCUCCAUUGCUUCCUUGCUUCAAACAUCUUGGACCAUCGUCAAAGCCAUCGCAUCCUCCAUCGCACCACCUUGUCCCAGUGCGUCCCAAGAAAUCACCAGCCAUCCUCCUGCACACGGUCAGUCUUACACGACAACAAUACCCAGCCGCAUUGUUCCAUCCACAGCCUUGAGCCGAUAUCCACGAUGGCGGCGAUGGUCGGAGCGCCAGAGCCUACAGCGGCAGACGACGCGAGGCUAGCCAGCCAUGAGAAGCCUGAGGUCGCGGCCGACAAAGUCGGCCCUCCGCCAUCGAGAGCCUCGCUGCGCAAGUCGGCAAAAUGGUGGCGUGGUCUGCAAUGCAUCGGCAUGAAUCUGCACUUCCUCGCGCCGCCGCGCCCACCGAGCCCAUCCUUCACACGGACGAUUGAGUCAACGUUGGCCGGCCACAAGGGCACCUUUACCUUGCAAUUCUACGUACCCGACGACUACAAGUCAUCCAAAUCCCUCAAGAUUGCAUAUCCAGCCGUGGUCAACUUCCACGGCGGUGGCUUCACGAUCGGCAACGCAACCGACGACGCGCGCUUUGCCGCCUACAUUGUCGACACGUGCAAGGCCGUCUUCGUCUCCGUCGACUACCGCCUGGCUCCCGAGUAUCCAUUUCCCACGGCCGUUGAGGACGGCGCCGAUGCCCUGCUUUACGUCAUCAACAACGCCGCAGACCUGCGCAUCGACCCCCUCAAGCUCGCAACCUCGGGCUUCUCAGCAGGCGGCAACAUCGCCAUCACUGCGACACUGCGGCUUGCAGAUUACGUCUUCCAACACCCUCGCCCCACGGUCCCGCCAUACUCCAUCCGCGCAGUGGCAGCGUGGUACCCCAUCAUCGACUACACCUUGUCCCGCGACGAGCGGCGUGCGACCAGCGCAAAGCCUGAGCUUACCCUCUCGCCCACGCUGACCAGCUUAUUUGACGCAUCGUACCUGUUCCCGCCAGACCUCGACUUGUCCCACCCGUACGUAUCACCCUCGGGCGCGACAGACGAGCAGCUGGCGCGCGGCAUCCCGCCACACGUCCAGAUCUACACGUGCGAGUACGACAUGCUGCUCAAAGAAGGCGCGGAUUUCGCAACGCGGCUCCAGAAGAAGCCCAUCAGCAAGGACGUAUUCUACACCAUGAUUCCGGGGGUGACUCAUGGCUGGGAUAAAGGGCCGAACCCGCUCAAGCCGCCGGACCAGUCGAAGAAGUUGUACAAGAUGUGCGCGACGAGGCUCAAGGACGUGUUUGACGAGAGCAACUCGUAGGACGAGAUGGUGUCAGUUGGCGAGGGAAACUGCAGCGAGAAGUCACCCGCCUCAGAUGGAAAAGAUGUGUGUGAGAACGAACAACGUGCUGGACGUGGUGCGUUUGCAGCAGGCAUAAACUGUGCGGCUUAAGGCAAUGCUUUUAAGGGCAUCAUCUAGCACAGCGUUCCGAUAUUGAAUAUGCACCCAUCAAAUACUCGGCCGCCCAAUUUGAGGCAUUGACGAGAUUUUGCAAAUAUGUAUAUAUAUG